AGAGGGGCAAACGUCAGGCAGGAAAGAGGAACAAGAAACAUCAACAGUCACAAACCGAAAUUCCUCCCCUCCAUAUCCCACACCGCGUCAAAGCUUGAGCUUUUUGCACACCCCCUUUCGAACACAGAGAAGCUUCUUGUCUCUUUUUUUGUUAUUUGCACCAGCGAGCACUAGUCUCUUAUUUCCUCCCGUCUUCCUUCCUUCAUCAUGUCGUGGCAAGCUUACGUUGACACCAGCUUGGUCGGCACCGGCCACAUUGACAAGGCCGCCAUCAUCAGCAUUGCCGGUGACAGCACGUGGGCAUCGAGCGCCGGUUUCACCCUCUCCGCCACGGAGAUGAAGGUCGUUGCCGACAUCGUUACCGGGAAGUCGGACGUCAAGGACAAGGCCUUUGCCGACGGUCUGUUCAUUGGCGGCGAGAGAUACGUCAUGGCCCGUGCCGAGGAGGGUGCCAUUUACGCGCGAAAGGGCAAGGAGGGCAUCGCCGUAGCCAAGUCGACCCAGGCCAUCCUUCUCGGCCACCACGGCGAGAACGCGCAGGCCGGCAGCGCUACCCUGGCAGUGGAGAAGCUGGCAGACUACCUCGUCAGUGUGAGCUACUAGAAUACCAGCCCCGGGGAGAAGAGAUGAUGGCGUGAGGCGGGGCGCGCGGGGGGGUUUUUGCAGCUCUAGGAAAUAAACCCCUGGAGUUACUGUGUGCGAGGCAGGCUGGGCAUCUCGCUCCCGCGUACACACGAGGAUGUUGACAAUACGAAUCGACGAACACUAGAUUAGCAAGAGUUUACCAAUGGCGGAAUCUUUGCUUAGCCGCGGCCAACCCUGUGUGUCACUGAUGCGUGU